CUUCCAGGCGGCCGCAAUGAACACCGCGGAUCGCCGCCGCUACCAGAGCCACACUCAGCAGUUCCUGACGUUCGCUGCCGUCAUCGCGAGCAAGAACGGCAUCUUCACCCUGCCUCGACUCCUUUUCAUACACGGCGGAGCCCCGUUCGUGAUCGCCUACACGACGCUUACGGUGAGCGUGGUGAUCCCAGUGAUGCAACUGGAGAGCAUGCUAGGCCAGUUCAUGGGCGCCGGAAACAUCGGAAUCUUCGACACUGUGCCGGGCCUGCGGGGUCUGGGCCACACGAUGACCUUCUACUUCACGCUUGGCAUGACCAUCUUCGUGACCGAGUGCUCCUACUCGACCGUGUUCCUGGCCAGCUUGUUCCGAUCUACUCUCCCAUGGGCUAACUGCAGUUACUACCGACCAUCGGACUCGUGCUACGAGCUGCAAAGAAAAAUGGUGCUUUGUAGCAGCGUGCAGGAACACAUAGUUCAGCACUACCGGCACUCGCACGAGACGCAGGGAAUGCCGGUGACGAACGGCACGACAACGGUGCUUGUCCCCGAGUCCGCCUACAACUUCAGCGACUGCGCCAACGGCACGCAGAGCGCUACGCGUCUGUUCUUCGACUCCAGGGUUCUCCGGCGCUCGACGGACGGCCGCGACGCGAUUCAUCCGGAGAUAGCCAUCACGAUGGCGGUUCUCUGGCUGCUCGUCUUCGUCGCCACCAGAAAUGGCCUGCAAAACGCCGAGUACGCAGUGUACGUUAUUGCUACCCUGACCAUCACUACGCUGACGCUGAUGCUCGUGAAUUCUUUGGCCCUAAAGUGCAGUGACCGCGGAAUUAAUAUCUUAGUCAGGGCACCACUGUCAGGCAUCAUCAGCUACGAACUUUGGCGGGACGCGCUGAAGGUGGCAAUAAGCAACAUCGGCAUCUUCAGUGGGGGUUUCCUGAGCACUGCGCGCUUCAAUAUAUUCAAAACCAAUAUAGGAACAUUUUCAACCGUCGUAGCUCUUAUGCAACUGAUAUCUUCGCUACUCUACGGACUUCUCUUCUACGUGCACGUUGGAUUUCUGUCUUCUGUUAAGGACACGGAGAUCGAGCGCAUCCUGGAGAGCGCCGAUAUUGAACACGUGGUAAUGCCUGAAACCCUCACAAUUUUGGAUACGACGCGCGUUUGGUGCACAGUGUACUUCACCUGGUUGUUAGCCAAUGCCCUGGGGUACAUGAUGAUAGGUCCUGAAGUUGUCCUCGAAGCGGUCGUGUUUGAAUUUCCAGAAUUUGCAAAGUUCCGGAACAGGCUCCGCUUAGCUGCCUGCUUUUGCUUCUACGUUUUCGGACUUUGUCUGUCCACCACCUCUGGACCAUACAUAAUCAAGCUGCUCGCGCCUAACAUUGAGGUCAUUGCGGCGCUGUCUCUUUUGUUAGAAGUGCUGGUCAUUGUGCGAAUUUACGGGAUUCACCGCAUCAUGGCGCACUAUCACACAAUGACGGGUAACUACCCGAACCUAAUGACGCGAUUAUCCUGGACUUUCGGAGUGCCUCUUCAACUAACGAUGCUCCUGGCGGUCGAGGUAAUGGAGCCGUCUCAAGAAGGGUACAGGGGCACUCGCUGUAGUUACUUCGCGAAGCUGUUCGGAAUCUGGAUCAUCAUUGUCGCAGUCAGUUUCAUCCCUACUUACCUAAUCGCCCUUCUCACGGUCCACCCGUGGGAUAAGAUCAUGGCGCCAGCAAUGACGUGGUUGCCCGAUGACAAAGUGACCACUCGCGAGUGCCGAACACUGCUACAAGAAUUUGGCUACGCUUCGAGGAAGGGGGCCCUGCCUCACCAGCCGAGUCUAGCCAAAAGUGGCCAGGUUAGUGAGGCUGCUGGAACCAGGCGCGGUGACACGGGGACUGUGGCGGAGACGAUAGACCCACGCGAGAUGGUGGGCACCACGGAGCGGUCAGUCUCGUUCGCCCCCGACGUGAUAACGAGGCCCCGUUACAUCGAGAACUUCAAUGAGCUCCUCGAGCGGCAGUUCGGACUCCGCUCUUCCAGGAAACCAUCCCAAGAUGCGACCUCUCAAGCAGGCUUUCUGGAUGACACUUCUUCAACCAUACAGAUUAAUGUGUCCGGUUACGAUAGAAACAUUGACACCAUUCCGACAUCGGUGUUUGCCAAGGAAGACGUCCAAGAGAUUCGAAAGAUUAUCGACAAAGUCGACACCGCGCUCUGCGCUCUCUCCCCAGAAGACGCCGCCUUUGCGGAGAAAAUAGCCCUGGUCAACGGCGAACCUGCCAAGCGCGCUGCUGAAUCAUCGAUCGAGAGCAAGAGAGAGGCAGACAAACGGCGGAGCUUGGCGGCUGCUGCGGUGCUUCCGCUGCCUCAGCCAGAAGGCGACGCCAAGCUUGCGAAGGACGCCGUACAGAAAAGCGACAGAAAACAAAGCGCAGUACCGCUUCCACCAGCUGCUCCGCUGCACCAACUGGAAUGUGACAUCAAGCCAACAAGCAUGACUGGUAUAGCAGGCAAAAUGGACAGCAGGCAAGGUCUUGUUGCAGCCCCUGAAUCAGCAACUCCUUUAGCGCAGCCGACAGAAGGUGGCGUAAAAACUCCAAAGGCGCUGGCUGCGCAUUCUGGCAUCGAAAGUCCGUCACUCAGUGAAAAGCACGCACAGCAUUCGAUGAGCAAGGAACGGCCCGGGCGGAAAAGAAAGAAGAAUAAGCGGACGUCAUCUUCACGAUUACAAAAGAAGAGGGGCUCAAAACAACUGUCCAAGGCUAAGAAAUCCGCCAGCAAGAAGCGCAAGUCAUCAGGGUAGGAAAGCGCUGACGUCAAUCUGGGCAAAGACAGUGUUGAUUGCAGCCCGAAGGACAGCGCUAAAGGCAGCGCUAUGGCAAGCCCUAGUAAUUUCGGCUUUAAGGGAACCGCACGUCAUAAAUAAAGGCGGCCACAAUUACC